AUGGCAGAUCCCUUUAGAAGAAACUACGGAGCAGGAGACUAUUCGAAUACUAGCAACAAUAGAAUCAAAGAUACCUUGGCAAAGGCUCAAUCUAUUUUACUAGACGAUCCGUUUUAAAGUGAUGGGUUAUCAAUAGGUGGAGGAUUGGAUAGACAUCAUGGAGGAGGGGCUUACUCUGGAUUACCUCCAUCUGGAGCGAUAUAAAGGAAUAGUAGUCAACCGCCAAUAUACUAAUCCUACGGUGGUCUGAAGAGUAACUAUACAGGAAGUGAGGCAGAUCCCUCUGAAUUCGAUACUCACUCCUAGAUAAAACGAAGACAGUGGGGAAAUCCCUCAAGCAAUGACAAUCAACUUUUUAACAACGACUUUGGCCUUGGAGGAGGUGGAGGCCUUGGCAUUAAACUAAAUAGCAAUGACCUUGGUGAUUUAAAUGACAUUGGGACUUUAAAUGCUCCUGGAAGCAGGCGUGGAAGUUUCAGAGCGCCUAUUACAGACACUGAGAGCUAGAGAAACCGUGGAUCAGAGUCGAAAGAAAGAAUAAGAGAUCAAAUAUCAACUGGGUUUGGGGGCUUACCAAGGCAGAGCGAUAACUAGUUAGGCCUAAGAAGACCAUAAACCUCAGAUCCUCCAAAUAAUUUGCUAUCUGGCUAGUAUACCAUCUCUGGUCAUAAUAACAAUCUUUACUCUGAAGCAGGCUCAAUGAGAGAUGACGAUGCUUUAAGUCAUAUUAUGGGGCAGUCUUAAUUCGAUGCAAUUUCUAAUAUUGGUGGAUCAGCAAUCCCUACUCUUGAUAUAAAUAAAGGGCCUACAAGUAUCCCUUCUAGAAGAAUGGCAGCUAAAUAAACAUAGGGAGAUAACAUAAGCCAAAAACCACCAACAAUGACUAAGCCAUAAUCAACUAACUACGGGCUCUUUUUAUCAGAGGAUAAGUCAAAGAUGGCACCUUCAUAAGAUAUGCGUCGGCAAAACACAGCUUUGAACUAACCUGCAGGAGGUCUAGGAUUAGGUCUUGGCCUGGGAGGUAAUGUUUCAAACAACUUAUCUGGAUUAGCAGAAAAGACUGUGUCUCCUCCUAGAAGAGAUUAAAAUGAUUUUAUGGAUAUUGGAUUUGGAAGACCAUAGACUGGACUCGGUAGAGAUAGAGGAGCUUUAUCUGGAGGAGCUGACAAGAAUUCAAAUGAUGGAGGCAGAUAAAUUGUAUAAGGCUCUCACAAUACACUAUUUCUUAGUACAGAUAUCGUUGUCUCAAGACCAAGCGCUACAAAUCUAGGAUUUAUAGGAAGUUAAGGAGCAGCAUUAGGUCCUACUGGCUCUGGAGGAAUUGUUGGAGGCUUGACUCUUGGUCUUGAUUCUUAUGAUAAAUAAAAAGCUGAAAAAGAGGAGAAAGAGCUAUACAUUAAGAAAAAGAAAUAGGAAGAAUUAGAAUUAUUAGAAUAAGAAUUGAAAGGUGAAAGGGAAAAAUCUAAAAAGCAAGAAGAUGACUUGCAAAAGCAACUGGACGAAUUCAAAGACAAGCUAAAGAAAGAUCUAGAUUCCAUAGAAGAAUCUUAAAAGCUAACAUUAGAUUUGAUACUAUAAGAAAAAGAGAAGACAAUGGAAACUCUUUAGGAAGCUAUUGCAAGAGAGAAGCAAAAAAUGGAAGUGCUUCAUUAAGCAGACUUAGAGUCAAAGGAAAGACAGCAUUAAAACUAGCUGGAGUAAUAAAAGAGAUAGCUAGAGAAGGAAACUUCGCAUUUGGAGGAAUAAUUACAGCAAUAGUAAGAGUUGCAUGAAGCCUUAGAUAAGGUUUAAUAGAGAACAGAGAAUCUCUCUGAAUUGGUCCAAGCUGGACUUAAACAAAGAGAAGAUGAACUCAAAAGAAGAGAGAUUGAAAUGAUGAGAAAAGAGAGAUAAGUCCAAGAAGAUGAGGAGAUCGAGAUUGCAAUGGAGGAAAAAAGAAUAGAAGAAGAGGAGAGGAGGCUUUAACGAAUGAAAGAGGACCUCUUAAAAAACAAAUCAAAUUUCAACUCUGAGUUGGAAAGACUAAGAGAGCACAGGAAGUAGGUCAGAGUUUCCAAUGAAAUUGAGCUCUCACGUUAAAAGCAAGAGGAGAGACAUACCAAAGAGUUGCUAAGCAUCGAGAAAUCUAAGGUUGUUACAGAAGAUGAAAAGAGAAAGACCAAGUAAAGAAUAGCUGAGCUUGAGUUAUCUAACAAAGAAAAUGAAUGUGAAAAUAUGAAGACUAGAAUUAACAAGGAAAGAGAUGACUUUGAAAGCGAGGUCAAAGAGCGAUUCCUAAGAGAAAUCUAGAUCAUUCAGAUCAAAAUUGAGGAAAGGAGGGAAGCCCUCUCUUAAAAGGAGGGAGAACUGCGUAAGAAGUGGCGAUUUUUAGAAAAGAAAAAGGAGGUAAUCAAAUAGGACUGGGAAGACUAUUAUUCCAAAAUAUCCUAAUUUGAAGGAGAAAGGAAGGAGUUCGAUGAGUGGGCUAAGAAAAUUAGGGAUACCUCACUUAGGCUUGCUGAGGAAAGAGACAAAGUAAUGAUUGAAAAAUAGACUUAUGAUUACGAGAGAGAAAAAUUGGAAAAAUGGAAAAUGGACCUAGACUUAUAAAGAUCGAUUUUGCAGAGUGACUACAUAAGAGCUGAGGAAUUAGAGCAUGAAUUGGAUCAUAGAGAAAAAAUGCUGCAAAUGCUUAAGUUUAACAGAGAGGCAGGAGCUACUGAUGUUAAUGUGCCUCCUUACAGUUCAUGCCCUGCUUUGAAAAUUGAUCCUAGAUAGUAUGUGCUUGGCCAAACUAAUGCUAAUUAAUGCAAUCAUCUGAAUCACAAUGCACAAGACUAAUAGUUCUCAGAUCAAUAGAUUUAAAAUCCUUAUCCAGAAUAAAUGUAGGCGCAAUAUUUUUAUCCUUAGUAAUAAAAUCAGCAAGAUAUUUCCUAUGUUUCUGGAGGUCCAUAAAUGAUGUAUCAACAGCAGGAAGGUUCACCCAGCAAUAUGAUUCCUCAGAAGAGAUUUGACUAUAAUCAAUACAUUCAAGAGAUCUAAAAUAAACUUGGAAGUGAUUCAGUUUUCAGGCAAAAGUAAUCUUUCAAUAACUACAUGCAAAAGGACAUCAACCAAUUUCAGAAAGAUUUAUCAGCUGUCUCUGAAAAUGAAGUGUCUCUAUCCUAAGCUAAUGUCUAUAAAAAUGGAAUAAAUAGACCUAACCUAGUACUAGGAGGCAACUCAGUAGCCUAUGGCUAAGAUUCAAUAAAUUAAUCAAGUGAAAUAAUGGCUAGAAAGAGCAAUAAUGUGUCAGGCCUUACUGGCUAGGGUAAGGAUAAGUAAUUCUUAAGAGAUUAAAUCAAAGCUAGGCUGGGAAACGCUUAACUUAGUGAAAGUAAAUAGUUCGAUAGCAGUGGAAUGGAGGAACAAGACUAGGAGGAGUCUAACGAAAAAGAAGAAGCUCAAGAUUACGGCAGUGAAUACUGA